AUGGCAGCCCAGAAUGGAAACACUAGUUUUGCAACCAACUUCAGUAUACCCCAAGACCAUGCCGCCUCCCUCCCCUUCAACUUCAGUUAUGGUGAUUACGACCUCCCUCUAGAUGAGGAUGAGGAUAUGACCAAGACUCACACCUUCUUUGCAGCCAAGAUCAUUAUCGGAGUGGCACUUGUGGGCAUCAUGCUGAUUUGUGGCAUUGGCAACUUUGUCUUUAUCACUGCCCUUGCCCGCUAUAAGAAGCUGCGCAACCUCACCAACCUGCUCAUUGCUAACCUGGCCAUCUCAGACUUCCUGGUGGCCAUUGUCUGCUGCCCCUUCGAGAUGGACUACUAUGUGGUGCGCCAGCUCUCCUGGGAGCACGGCCAUGUGCUCUGUGCCUCUGUCAACUACCUGCGUACCGUCUCACUCUACGUCUCCACCAAUGCCCUGCUGGCCAUCGCUAUCGACAGAUAUCUCGCUAUCGUUCACCCCUUGAAACCACGGAUGAAUUAUCAAACAGCCUCCUUCCUGAUCGCUUUGGUCUGGAUGGUAUCCAUUCUCAUCGCCAUCCCAUCAGCCUACUUCACAACGGAAACCGUCCUCUUUAUUGUCAAACGCCAGGAAAAGAUCUUCUGCGGGCAGAUCUGGCCAGUGGACCAGCAGCUCUACUAUAAAUCCUACUUCCUCUUCAUCUUUGGCAUCGAGUUCCUGGGCCCGGUGGUCACCAUGACCCUGUGCUACGCCAGGAUCUCCCGGGAGCUCUGGUUCAAGGCGGUCCCUGGUUUCCAGACGGAACAGAUCCGGAAGCGGCUGCGCUGCCGCCGGAAGACGGUGCUGGUGCUCAUGUGCAUCCUCACGGCCUACGUGCUGUGCUGGGCGCCUUUCUACGGCUUCACCAUCGUGCGCGACUUCUUCCCCACCGUAUUCGUGAAGGAGAAGCACUACCUCACAGCCUUUUACGUCGUCGAGUGCAUUGCCAUGAGCAACAGCAUGAUCAACACCGUUUGCUUUGUGACCGUCAAGAACAACACCAUGAAGUACUUCAAGAAGAUGCUGCAGCUCCACUGGCGGCCCUCCCACGGCGGGAGCAAGUCCAGCGCUGACCAUGACCUCAAAACCAGCGGCCUGCUGGCCACGGAAGAGGUGGAUUGUAUCAGGCUGAAGUGACCCACUGGUGUUUCAUAAUUGAAAACCCAAAAGCCAGUACUUGGAGCACAAUUCACCAAUAACCAAGUUCACAGGCUGCUUGGGGAAAGGGCAACUGUGUUCACACCUCACUGCUUUCAAGGAGCUGGAGUCAUAAAAUG